AAGAUAUGCGGCAGCUUUAGACUAGAACCAAUAAUAAAAAAGUCAAAUUCUUCUCUCUUUCAAUCCUCUCAUCUCUCUAAUCUCCCUUUUUCUACAAAUCAACGAUAUAUAUCUUGAACAAACUGAUCAAGAUCCUCCAGAAAAAAACAAAAUGAGAGCCAUUUAUCAUUGUCAUAUACAUGUAUGCUUACUCAUCAGCGUUAUCUCCUUAUUCUUCAACAGAUGUUGCUGUGUAGAUCAACAAUACGAAGCCUGCGUCCCAAGAAACUGCGGAAGCUUGAGUAUAAGCUUCCCGUUCUUUAUCGUGGGGACGCAAGAAGCUUACUGUGGAUCCCCGGGGUUCAAUAUAACUUGCGUAAACAAUACAAAGCCACUACUUAGAAUCCCCGACUAUAAUGAGGCUUUGUUGGUUGAUGAGAUAUUCUACGACAAUCGAUCUCUUCGUGUUUCCAACGCGGCUCUCAGAUCAAACGAGGGAAGCUGCGGGGCUGUGCGAGAGAUUGCGCGCAACUUGAGUGUGCGCAGUGAUCAUUUUGAGUACGCCAACGAUUCGAGACUUGUGUUGUUAUGGGAUUGUUCUGGUAUUGAACCAAGGUUAGACAGAUACAGAGUUGGUUGCGAUGGUAUUAGUUAUCUGGUAAUGAAAGGGAACGAUGCAAAUUUAAAGGGGUCGACUGAUGCUUGUAAGACGAGGGCCGAGGCAGCUGUGAUAGAUGAUGAACAAAUUGUGACUGGUUCGAAUUAUUCGACAGUGAUGAGAAGGGGGUUUGUUUUGAAAUGGAGGGCUACGGAUUGUACAGAAUGCAAGCUAACUCAGGGGCGUUGCGGAUUCGACAUCGAACAUGACCAGUUUCUCUGUUUCUGUCCAGACAGGCCUCAUUAUAAGAAUUGCACUGCAACUCCAGCUGCAACAAAAGUGAAUGGUAAAAGAAAUUCAAGAGUGAUCCUACCAACAGGUACCGCCAUAUUGGGAGCUUCCUUUGUCCUUAUGAUCUGCUUGUUCACCAUCAUCUGGAUGUACAAGGGCUGCGGUAAUAUUUUCACUACUUUCCUGUCGAAGAAGACAUCCUCUGACAUUGACGAUGAUAUUUCAUAUUUCGGGGUGCCUGUCUUCUCCUACAAAGAUCUUGAAGAGGCUACUCAUAAGUUCGAUGCAUCCAAAGAACUCGGAGAUGGAGGUUAUGGAACUGUCUAUUAUGGCAAACUAAAAGAUGGCCGAGAGGUUGCAGUUAAAAGGCUUUACGAAAACAACUUUAAGCGACAGGAACAGUUCAUGAAUGAGAUUGAAAUCCUCACACGCUUACGCCACCGCAAUCUUGUGUUACUGUAUGGUUGCACCUCUCACCGCAGUCAUGAGCUUCUACUUGUUUAUGAGUAUAUUCCCAAUGGCACGGUGGCUGAUCAUCUUCAUGGCGAUAGAGCGGAAAAUGAACCACUUACAUGGCAUGUCAGAAUGCACAUUGCCCUGGAAACGGCGAGUGCCUUGGCUUAUCUUCAUAAAUCAGAUAUUAUACACCGGGAUGUCAAGACCAACAACAUACUCUUAGACAAGAAUUUUACUGUCAAAGUUGCAGAUUUUGGGCUCUCGAGGCUUUUCCCAACUGCGGCUACUCAUGUUUCAACAGCUCCUCAAGGCACUCCAGGUUAUGUUGAUCCAGAGUAUCACCAGUGCUACCAGUUGACUGAUAAAAGUGAUGUUUAUAGUUUCGGGGUGGUUCUUAUUGAACUCAUAUCAUCCAUGCCUGCAGUUGACAUAAGUAGGAGUAGAAAUGAGAUUAACUUGGCUAAUCUAGCUGUAAACAGGAUUCAGAAAUGCGCAUUUGAUGAAUUGAUUGACCCGAGUCUUGGAUACAAAUCUGAUCCUGUUAUUGAAAGGAUGACUACUUCAGUGGCGGAACUAGCUUUCCGGUGUUUGCAACUAGAGAAGGAGUUGAGACCUGCGAUGGAUGAAGUCUAUGAAUGUCUGAGGCAAAUCCAGGUUGUUGAUGAAUCAAAUAAAGCCAAGCCACAGCCGUCACCGGAGUCUGAAAAUGUGGUAUUGUUGAAGAAUAAAACAUGUCCAGCUUCUCCAGUGACUGUGAUCGACAACUGGAUGAGCAGUAGAUCUACCACACCAAGUGUUAGUGAGAUAUAAUAUCCGACAAGUUCAAUGCAGAUGCUAGGGAUAUGUCAAAUGACGAGAAAAUGUCAAAAAAAAACGUAAGGGAGACAUGUGUUUCCCUGCCUCUUACUAGAUCCGUCAAUGCGUACAGGAAUAUGCUCAGUUUCCACGAUUCCGGGCAUCUUUAGAAUGUGUGUUUAGGAUAUGCUAUUGAACUCGCGUCCAACAAUUGUACUUCAGAAAAUUUGAGUAACUAGAGGAAAAAAAAAUGAGAUGCGCACAUAGGGAAACUCCCAUUUUGAUGCUGGAAAAUUGUGUCAAUACAGCUGAAGGAACCUUGAGCUUCAGGUUCAGGCGUUCAGCCUUCAGUGUUUGUAGUUUACUAGUCUGUACAGAAAAUCUAUAGACUCUGAAAACAUAAAAGAAUUGGGGCAUUGUUAUGAUGCAUCAUGUUGUA